AUGUCCGCCGCGCAGGUGUCGUCGUCCCGGAGACAGUCAUGCUACCUGUGCGACCUGCCCCGUAUGCCCUGGGCCAUGAUCUGGGACUUCACGGAGCCUGUCUGCCGGGGCUGCGUCAACUACGAAGGCGCUGACCGUAUCGAGUUCGUGAUCGAGACGGCCCGGCAGCUGAAGCGGGCGCACGGCUGCUUCCAGGACGGCCGCUCCCCGGGUCCCCCGCCGCCGGUCGGUGUCAAGGCAGUAUCGCUCAGCGCCAAAGAAGCGGCGGCGGCGGCGGCCCAGCAGCAGCUCAACCAUGUGGACGCUUCCUCCAAGGCCGCCUCGGCGGGGUUGACCCAAUCUAGCCUAGACCGCUACGGGCUCAGCGCUGCCGCAGCGGAGCAGCGCAGCCGCUUCGAGUACCCGCCGCCUCCGGGCAGCCUGGGUAGCAGUCACGGCGCCCGCCUGCCCAAUGGGUUGGGGGGUCCCAAUGGCUUCCCCAAGGCGCCUGAGGACGGGCCGCCGGAGCUAAACCGACAGAGCCCCAACUCCUCUUCCUCCUCUUCUUCCUCCCGCCGCGGGGCGCACGGUGGGCUGGUGUCCGGCCUGCCCCCGGGGGCCGCUGGCGCCCAGAUGAACGUGCCCCCCAACCUGCUGCCGCAGACCUUGCUCAACGGGCCCGCCGCCUCCGGCGUAGCGCUGCCCCCACCGCACGGGGGCCUAAGCGGUCGCGGCGGCGGAGGACCCCCGGCUCCCUCUGCCUCCUCCCAAGGAGGCACCUGCGGCAGCGGCUCCGGGAGUGGCGGUGGCUCGUCUUCUGAGGCCUGCGGCAAGCGGCCGGGCUCGGUCUCCAGCAGCGACCAAGAGCGGGAGCUGAAGGAGAAGCAGCGCAACGCGGAGGCGCUGGCCGAGCUCAGUGAGAGCUUGCGGAACCGGGCCGAGGAGUGGGCCAGCAAGCCCAAGAUUGUGCGAGACACACUGCUCACUCUGGCCGGCUGCACCCCCUACGAGGUGCGCUUCAAGAAGGAUCACGCCCUGCUGGGCCGCGUUUUUGCCUUCGACGCUGUCUCCAAGCCGGGCAUGGACUAUGAGCUGAAGCUCUUCAUCGAGUACCCCAGCGGCUCCGGCACCGUCUUCUCCAGCGCCUCUGGCGUGGCCAAGCAGAUGUACCAGGACUGCAUGAAGGACUUCGGUCGCGGCCUCUCUUCGGGCUUCAAGUACCUGGAGUAUGAGAAGAAGCACGGCUCCGGCGACUGGCGGCUCCUGGGGGACCUGCUGCCCGAGUCCGUGCGUUUUUUCAAGGAGCUGGUGGGUGCUGACAUGCUGCCGCAGCCCUACCUGGAUGCCAGCUGCCCUAUGCUGCCCACGGCGCUGGUGAGUCUCCCGCGGCCGGGGGCCGGGGCCGGCGGGGCGCAGGGCACGGCAGCCGCCUCUAGGGGACCCGGCGGUGGCGGUGGCGGCGGCGGGGCGAUGCGCAAGAGGAAAGCCUCUCCUGAGCCCUCGGACUCGGCCGAGGGGGCUCUGAAGCUCAGCGACGAGCAGCAGCGGCAGCAGUGGAUGGCCAGCCAGAGCGAAGCGCUCAAGCUCACCAUGUCGGCCGGGGGCUUCGGGGCGGUGCACGGCGGGGGCCCCCCGCCGCCACCGCCGCCGCCCCUCGGGCCUCACUCCAACCGGACCACGCCGCCCGAGUCCGCCCCCCAGAACGGACAGUCCCCCAUGGCUGCACUCAUGUCGGUGGCCGACACGCUGGGCAAUGCCCACUCGCCCAAGGACGGCAGCUCGGUGCACUCCACCACGUCCACUCGUAGGAACAGCAGCAGCCCCGUGUCGCCGGCCUCUGUGCCAGGCCAGCGCCGCCUGGCCUCCCGCAACGGGGACAUGAACCUGCAAGUGGCCCCUCCUCCCCCCAGCGCCCAUCCCGCCAUGGACCAAGUGCACCCCCAAAACAUUCCGGACUCCCCCAUGGCCAACAGCGGGCCCCUGUGCUGCACCAUUUGCCACGAACGCUUGGAGGACACCCACUUUGUUCAGUGCCCCUCUGUGCCCAGCCACAAGUUCUGCUUCCCUUGUUCCAGAGAGAGCAUCAAGGCCCAGGGGGCGACUGGUGAAGUCUACUGCCCCAGUGGAGAGAAAUGCCCCCUAGUCGGUUCCAAUGUGCCUUGGGCAUUUAUGCAGGGCGAGAUCGCGACCAUUUUAGCCGGGGACGUUAAAGUGAAAAAGGAGAGAGACCCUUGAGUAGGAAAUCCAAUCCCUUCAGACUCCUGAAGAUGUAGAAUUGUGAAUAUAACAAACUGCAAAAGUUAGUCUUAUGUAUAGACAUUAUUUUCGUCGUAUGUUUCUAUAUUUUGAAACAAAGGUAUGUACUCUUCUUCAUUUGAAGGAUAGAGCUGGUUUUUGUUAAACAGAAUAUAAUAUUGUUUGGUUACUACAUAAUACCUGUUCUCAUUUCUUUGGCAGUGUGUUGGCUAGGUACAAAGUUAAUAGCCCUUAGCGAUUACCUGCUGCUGGUGUGUAUUUUUGUAAAUGUAUGCACUUCUCUGAAAGAAGAAGAAAAACAAAAAAAAAAAGACUUUUUUUUUUUUGCCAAGGCCAGUGUUGAUGCCUAAAAAAAUGCUACAAAAAAUGGUGACAGCUUAUGUUUUACAAGC